AUGUAUCCAGACUGGCCAGAGCCGGGUGUUGACUUGGAGCCUUUGCCGCGUGUUGACGGUCCGAAACUGGGACCCUUUGACUUCAAAGGUCCUCAAAGGAUUGAAUUUCUCGAAUACCUUGGCUCCGGCCAGCAUUCGCACGUCUUCAAGGUUCAAAUACUUGGCACUGUCUAUGCCCUGAAAUUGUUCAGAUUUACCUACAUCUACGACUGGAUCGGUCCCGGUCCACGCCACACUGAGCUCGACGACAUUGAGGCAGUAAGCGCCUUUUACCAGUACUCUGAGCCCUUCAGUGCCGAGUGCCGCGCUUUUGGCCGUCUUCAAGAAUCUGGCCACGAGGAGCUCGCUAUCGAAUGCUUUGGGUACUUGCUCCUGGACGAGGAGCAUGAGCGCACUCUUAUGAGCCGCUUCAGUGACCUCGACCUUGAAUUUAGCGGAACCUGGAGCGAACCUGGCAUCGAAGAACGCUCCCGCUACCCGGGGGAGAGUGGCAAGGAUCCUCCUAUCCGAGGUAUCGUCAAGGAGUUUGGCCAAGAAAACACAGUGCUCAGAGUCAAAGAUGCUAAAAAAGCCCUCCGAGAUAUCAUCCAGCUCCAGCAACUCGGCAUCGUCAAUAUUGACCCGGAGCAACGACAGAUCAUCAAUGGCAAGUUCGCCGACUUCAGCAUCGCAAUCACCACGCCUCACUACAUGAUGAAUCCGGAAAUGAACAUUUUCCUGACGCCGGAGUGGCGAUCGGCUGUGGAGUACGAAGCGUUUGGACACAGCCUCCGUGACUACUUGGAGUUUGACAACAUGAUCGUGGGAUGGAAUUGUGAAUUGAAAUGGACGGGCAACAAGAAGCACAAACCCCUCUCGGUCUUCGCGUUCCCCAACGGCAAGGGCUUGCAAAUCAAGUAUGACCUCAGGAAAAGCCCUGACCGAGAGCGUGCCUUCUCAUACGUCGACCCGAGAACGUAUGACUGGAGGGCGCCACGGCCCGGUAAGACGCUUUCUUCGAAGCCCCCCAGGUGGUAUUAUGAGGGCAGCGACCAGCAUCUACGGAACCUAAAGAGAUGCACGGAUUUCGUUCCUGGAAUUGAGUGGAAGUACCGGGCGGGCCUUAUUUGCCCCGACAAGGGAUCACAUUGGUUUGAGGGUAUCAUUGAAUCUGUAUAG